AUGUUGCGCCAGUCCACGCCCGUGCCAUCGAUCCUCCUGCACCCGCUGAAGUCAAUCCUGCGCACAUCUAUGUUCUCCAUCGCGCUUGCCAUCGCCGCUGCCGGCGACCGCAGCUUGUGGAAUUUGGCAGAUCGCACAGCAGUCGUCACCGGCGGCUCCAAGGGUCUGGGGCGUGCCAUUGUGGAGGAGCUCCUGGACCACGGCUGCACGGUCCUCACCUGCGCGCGUGAUGUCUCCCCGCUAGCUGAUCUGCUGAGCCGCGAAGCUGGUGGCCGCUGCAUCGCGAUCGAGGCGGAUGUGUCUACGGCCUCUGGGCGUGCGUUGCUGGUGAGCGAGGUGGAGGCGCGGUUUGGUGCGCGAGGCCUCGACGUCCUCGUCAACAACGUGGGUACCAACCUGAGGAAGGCGUCCGUCGACUACACGGACGACGAGUACGAGAUGCUUCACGCCACCAACCAGGCCUCGGCCUUCCACCUCAGCCGCGGCUGUCACAGCGCCCUGAAGAGGGCGCGGGGCUGCGUGGUGAGUGUGAGCUCCGUGUCUGGCUCGUCGAACGACGCGACCGGCGCAGUCUACCACAUGACCAAGGCGGCGCUCGAACACAUGACGAGGUACCUGGCGUGCGAGUGGGGGCCCGACGGCAUCCGCGUCAACGCAGUCGCUCCGUGGUUCAUCCGGACGCCUCUGACGGCGCCGCUGCUUGCGCAGGAGCCCUUCCACGACGCGGUCCGGCGGGCGACGCCGCUGAGGCGCGUGGGGGAGCCGUGCGAGGUCGCGAGCACCGUGGCCUUCCUCGCCAUGCGCGCCGCCGGCUACAUCACAGGACAGGUCGUCGGCAUCGAUGGCGGCAUGAUGCAGGAGGGCUUCCGCUACGUCAGUUAG